GACAAGUGCGAUGGCUCCUCAGAAGCCCCGCGUGGAGUUUCACCCCGAGCGGCCCUGGGGCCCUGGGAAGGCAGAGGAAGCGGCAGCGGCGGUCGAGGACGAUGAGGAAGAUGACGGGGAAGACGGAGGUGAAGACGGCUUCACCCUGGAAGAGGUGCUGCGGCUCGGAGGCACCAAGCAAGAUUAUCUUAUGCUGGCAACUUUGGAUGAGAAUGAGGAACUCGUGGAUGGAGGCAAAAAAGAAAUGAUUGAUGACCUUCAGCAGGGUGAACUAGAGACGUUUAUCAAAAAUCUGGGUGUAUCCAACUAUUCAAAGAAUUUCCUGUUGGAAGAGGAUAAGGAGCUAGCAGGAAAUAAAGCCAAUGAUAAAGAAACUAAAAUAUCUAAAAUAGAAAAGAAAAAAGAUACUCCAGCAGAAAGCAAAAAGGCACCAGCUAAUAAAGACAAAAAGAGUUUGAAGAAGCAAGCACAAGUCAUUGAUGAAGACAGCAGUACUCAACCAGCUGUAAAGAAAGAUAAACAACAAGAUAUCUUUGAAUUUUAUGCUAGACCAACAUUGCUGAUCAAACCUGGGGGGAAAUGGUAUGAUCUGGAGUAUACCAAUGAAUAUUCCUUAGAACCUCAGUCCCAAGUUGUUGUAUCCCAGUACAAAGCUUUGGCUCAGAAACUGUAUCAACAUGAAAUCGACUUAUUCAGGAGCAAGACAAGUAAUCAGAAGGGUGGCUCCUCUUCUACGUGGAUGAAAGCUAUAGUGUCAUCUGGGACCCUGGGUGACAGAUUGGCUGCCAUGAUCCUCCUUAUUCAAGAUGAUGCCAUUCAUACACUCCAGUUUGUGGAGACCCUGGUGAACCUUAUCCAAAAAAAGGGUAGCAAAGGGCAAAGUCUAAUGGCUUUAGAUACUUUUAAAGAACUGCUCAUUACAGACCUUUUGCCAGACAAUCGUAAACUCCGGACUUUUAACCAGCAUCCUUUCAACAAACUAGAAAAAUUGUCAAGUGGCAAUAGGGACACAAGAGAUAGGCGAUUGAUAUUAUGGUAUUUUGAGCAUCAGCUCAAACACUUAGUGGCUGAGUUUGUGCAAGUUUUGGAAACUUUAGGUCAUGAUUCACUAGUUGCAACUAAAACUCAGGCACUUAGAGUGGCUCAUGAGAUUCUCGCUAAUAAGCCUGAGGAAGAAAAAGCCCUUCUUGUACAACUGGUAAAUAAACUUGGAGAUCCCCAGAACAGGAUAGCCACCAAAGCCUCCCAUCUUCUAGAGACUUUACUUCAUAAACAUCCGAACAUGAAAGGAGUCGUGUGUAGUGAAAUUGAGAGACUAAUCUAUCGAUCAAAUAUUAGCUCCAAAGCCCAGUACUAUGCCAUUUGUUUCUUAAAUCAAAUAGUACUUUCACAUGAUGAAAGUGUAUUGGCUAACAAACUAAUAACUCUUUAUUUUUGCUUUUUUCGGACUUGUAUCAAGAAAAAUGAUGUUGAGUCUAAAAUGCUAAGUGCCCUUUUAACUGGAGUAAAUAGAGCUUACCCAUAUGCUGAAAUCAGUGAUGAAAAGGUGAAAGAACAGCUGAAUACAUUAUUCAGAGUUUUACAUCUUGUGAAUUUUAAUACCAGUGUUCAAGCCUUGAUGUUGCUUUUCCAAGUAAUGGAUUCUCAUCAGACGAUAUCAAACCGAUAUUAUGCAGCUUUAUACAAGAAGCUGUUAGAUCCCGGUUUGCUGUUAUGUUCUAAGCAGUCUAUGUUUCUGAAUCUUGUCUACAAGUCUCUGAAAAGUGAUAUAGUUUUACGUCGGGUGAAGGCAUUUGUGAAGAGGCUGCUCCAAGUCACUUGUGGACAGAUGCCGCCAUUCAUAUGUGGAGCACUCUACCUUGUGUCUGAGAUUCUUAAAGCAAAACCAGCAUUACGAACUCAACUGCACGAGCAUCUGGAAUCUGAUGAAGAAGAAAAUUUUUUGGACUUAGAUGAAGAUGAUGGUACUGAAAAAUUUACAGAUGCUGAUAAAGAAAUGGAAACAAAUGCAGAUGAAGGAAUAGACAAGGAUGAGAGCACAGCUGAAAGUCUUGCAGAGGCAGAAAAAUCAGGUUCUGCCUCAUGGGUUCAUCUUAAGAAUUUGAAGGGUGGAAAAAACUUAAAUACGUAUGAUCCAUUGAAUCGAAACCCUCUGUUCUGUGGAGCAGAUAAUACAAGUCUUUGGGAACUCAGGAAGCUUUCUGAACAUUUUCAUCCAUCUGUGGCCCUUUUUGCAAAAACUAUUUUACAGGGGGAUUAUAUUCAGUAUUCAGGAGAUCCAUUACAGGAUUUUACACUAAUGAGAUUUUUGGAUCGAUUUGUAUAUAGGAAUCCAAAGCAACAUAAGGGGAAAGAGAACACAGAUAGUGUUGUGAUGCAGCCAAAGAGGAAGCAUUUCAUGAAUGAUUUGCGGAAUCUUGCUGUGAACAGUAAGGAAUUCCUUGCAAAAGAAGAAAGCCAGAUACCAGUGGAUGAAAUUUUUUUCUAUAGGUACUACAAGAAGGUUGACAAAGAAAAACAUAAACGUCAAAUAUCUUCAGAUGAUGAAAGUGUAGAAGAUGUAGAUGACGAAGAAUUUGAGAAAAUACUUGACACAGUUGAAGAUGAUAAUUACUUUAGUGCUGCUGGAAAGGAUGACCUCAAUUUUGCUGGUAAUGUAAAAAAGAAAACUAAAGGGACUAAAAAUACCCGGGAGGGUGAAGAAUCAGACAUGGAAGGUAGUGAUGACGAUGACUUGAACGAUUUGGAUGAGGAAGAGAUCUCCUUGGGCAGUAUGGAUGAAGAAUUUGAGGAAAUUGAUGAAGAUGGAGGUACAUUCAUGGAUGUGCUAGGUGAAGAAAGUGAAAGCAUUCCAGAACUAGAAGAUGAAGUCAGCACCAAGGCCAGCAUUAAAAAAGGCAAACGGAAAAAAGUAGAUGAUGUUGACUUUGCUGCAUCACUUCAAGGCCCAAGGCAGAAAAAGAAGCGAUCCUUCAAUGACUCCAGUUUAUUUGUAUCUGCUGAAGAGUUUGGCCAGCUGCUGGAUGAAAAUGUUGGCUCCAAGUUUGAUAACAUUGGUAUGAAUGCCAUGGCCAACAGAGACAAUGCAAGUAUCAAACAGCUUCAGUGGGAGGCUGAACGAGAUGACUGGCUUCAUGACAGAGAUGUGAAAAGUCUUAUCAGGAAGAAGAAACAUUUCAAACAGAGAGGUCCAAAGAACGUGCACAAAAAGAAAAGGCCAAGGAAAUGAAUAUUGUUUUUUUUUAAGAGCCAGUUAUUUAUAACUUUGAAAUUCAUCUUGUUCACUCUUAUUCUGUAGCUUUCAGGCUGUUAAUUGAAUUUGUAAUAAACAAUAUAUAUAAGACCAUCUGGGUCAUUUGUAAAUUCAUGUAAAAGUGGGGUUUUAAUGAAAGCUUUAGGCUAUGUUACAGGAAGGCCUAGCCUUAUGGAGCAGCAUAUCGUAAAGAUGAUGAUGCUAGGUCCCAUUUGUACACAGAGAUCUGAGAGCCCUGGGAGGAGGUGGGGAGUAAUGGAUACUGCUCCUUUUAUAGGUGAGGGUACAGGCUUUGGGAGGGGUAAAAUGACCUGGUUAGAGUUGUCCAGUUAGUGUCUUGGAUUCAGGAAAGUCUACAUUUGCAGAUAAACCUUUUGGAGUCCUAUUUAAUAUGGUAAAACCUGAAGACUUGGAAAUAGGGUAGCACUUUCUAGUAUCUCAGGGCAGUGCUUUUGAAACUGGUUCGUGGGGAGGACCAGAAAGACUUGGGAAGGGAGCUGGUAUUUGUCAAGUUACACAUGGCAGGGUACAUAAUGAGUUGAGAAGUAUAGCAUGUUAGCCCAGUGUAUCUGUACUAGAGCAUAAUCUCUCCCUUUUCAGCCCAUCUAUAACAUCCUUUGUGUAAAGAGUACGUUUUAAAUUCCGAAGCUUCUCUUUGACUGAAAUACAAUAUCACUUAAAUUCAUUUGAUGAAGAAGUUAUAGAGGUUAGAGUACUGUAAUAAUAGAUAGUUAUGGAGCACUUUAAAGUUUGUAAAACACUCCACAUCUAGUCACCUUUUUGAUAGAACACGGGAAAAUUUCUGAACAACCUACAUUUUUAUUUCUUUCUAGGGAAAGGGUUUAAGGCAAGGAAUGAAUCAGUUCUUUUCCAUUCGCCAGAUGUGUUAUGUCCAGAUAUUUUCCGAGAGAGCUCUAAGGGAGAUAACAGAUAAUCCUUCAAUCAAAUAAGGAGUCUGCUUCCCAGUUUAUAAUACUCAAAAAAUAAUGUUAGGUACUGAAGAGAAUCUGUGAAACUGCUAUUUCAAGGCUGAGAAAGGAAAGGUCAUUUUUGAUUGUGGGAUGCCACAAAUCCUUCAUAAAAGUUAACAUUCACCUGUCUCAAAAACUCAAUAGUACUUUUUUAAAUAAGUUUUUUACAAUUCUGAGCACACCCUCCCUCCAUGAGAUUUUCUAUACACAACACAGAACAUAGAGGAUUGUAUAUGAAACCAUGAAUUUUUAUUUCACACUCUUUACUUUGAAAAUAUACGUUUAUAAUGCAUUUCACAUUAUUUUAAAAAUUGCCCUUGUCUGUGCUUCCUCCUGGAAAAUAAAACAUUUUUAUUCUGAUGUGCAUUUUUAAAGAUGUUCCAUCAAACUCCUUUUUGGGCUUCAUGUUUGCUACCCUGCACCUUCCCCUGCCCCCAAUCAAAAAUAAAACCCUUUUUAAACAAAUAAUUAUAGUCAAGCAAUACAAAUCUCCACAGUGUACAAAUCCAAAAAUGUGUAUUUUUCUAUACCUUGAGUAUGUCACCUCUGUUAGGAGAUGACAAACUGACAUGCUUCAUUAUAGAUCUUUUGGAAAGUGGAGUUGAUCUUUGCUUUCAGAGUUCUGAAAUCAUUCAGUGUUGAAUUUGAUUUUGUUUUGUUUUUUACUGUUAACCAUUUGAAUUUCUCUGAUUCUGCUCUGUUCAUGCCAUCCACGAUUCUCUGAAAUUUUCUUUUU